AUUCGAAAGAGAUAGAGUUUGAGUUGGUUGGAGGGUGUUCGUGGAAAACGUUGGAACAACAGAACCAAUAAUUAGUUUUGUACGUCCAUAACAUUAAUAUAUUAUAGGUAUAAUUUUUGUUUAGUAUAUAAAGGAGAGGAGGCUAAACGAUAUAUAUAUAAAAGAAAAGAAAGGAGAAGAAAAAAUGGAGUCAUCACCAGGAGCAGCAGGAAGUGCAACAAAAUCGUUGAUAGACAACCUUUGGGGUCUUUUGAGGAUCAAAAUAAAGAAAGGAGUGAACCUUGCUGUCCGUGAUGUUCGCACUAGUGAUCCUUAUUGUGUCGUCAAGAUGGGUAAAAAACAGAAACUGAAGACGCGAGUUAUAAAGAAGGAUAUUAAUCCUGAGUGGAAUGAAGAUUUGACCCUCUCUGUUUCUGAUCCUAGUCUUCCUGUUAAGCUGACUGUUUACGAUCACGACACGUUCAGCAUGGAUGACAAAAUGGGAGAUGCAGAGUUUGACAUCAAACCAUUUGUAGAGGCACUAAAGAUGAACUUAUAUGGGCUCCCAUCUGGCACUGUAAUUACAAGAGUACUACCUUGCAGGACAAACUGCCUUGCUGAAGAGAGCCGAGUUGUAUGGAUUGAUGAUAAAGUUGUGCAAGAUAUGAUCUUAAGGUUGAGAAAUGUUGAAUGUGGAGAAGUUGAACUCCAGCUUCAGUGGAUUGAAUUUCCUGGCAGUAAGAUUGGGUAGAUUAAUGCUGAAACCAGGAUGUUUAGUUUACCUGGCAGCUGCUUCUUGUCUAUAGAAAUUACAUACUGGUUUUUCUGUUCCUACAACUCAAUAGUUUGUGGGAUUUGAAAAUGAAGAUUUAAUAUAUAAUAUAGAUCAAGUUUGAUGAAGACCUUUACACUCUGCACCUGUAUGUGCACAAGGUUUGUAGCUUAGUGGAUAUGGGGUUUGAACGUUAUCUAUUUAGUCAUGUAAUUCAGUGGAAUUACUUAUGUUAUAUACUCUGUAAUGAUGAUGAUACCCUUUCCUACAGAAAAUUGCAUACUUUUUUUGUUUUUAA